AUUCUUUACUUGCUCUAUUUCAUUCUGCACUCAGUGUUAGAUAUUUUUUUAUCUUUCACAAAUUAUCCAAUUCAUUGCGGUUAAAAGUCAAUUUAAUUAAUUUAAAGUCUGUCUUUAGUGAAAAUAAAGUUGGAUUAACAUUUUUCUGCAUUACAUCCAUCUAGUCGUAGAUUAAUCGCAAUGCAGACAACAACAGCAACUCGUACAACUACUGAGACAAAUGUCAACUUGUCAAUUCGAUAUGAUCCAUCGUAUAUGCGUACGAUUCCGGGAAUCAUUAAAUUUGUUUGUGUUGUUCUUAAUCUCCUUGGAUUCAUUUGCAUUGUCGUAUCAAAAUUCAACGGACUUUCGAGGGCGCAUUUCUUCAACACAGUGGCCAUGACGGGCUUCUGGUUCACUGGCAUCCUACUCAUCUUUUAUCUGUUUCACGUUGUUGAACGUUAUUUCAGAAUCCCAUGGAUACAAAUCGAGCUCAUUUUUUGUGCUCUAUGGACACUUUUGUAUCUCAUCGCGUCAAUUACCGUGUCGACUGUUAAUUCUGGUGCAUUUACUGCAGCAGCUUUCUUCGGCUUCUGUGCGAUGAUUGCAUACGGAUAUGACACAUGGCUGAAGUUUAAUGCACAUCGAGCCGGUGAAAUUGCUCAAGGACAAAGGCGAGUGGUACAACAGCAAACAGUUAUUCAACAACAAACACCGUCCGCUUUUCCUGCAUAGAUCAAUGUCGUUCAUUCGUCUAAUCCAUUAAAUGGAACAAUUUUUUCGUCCUUUCACCAUCUCGAUGUUCAUACAAAAAUAUGUUAACGUUUAAACGUUUACAAUAAUGAUAUAGAAAAAGAAAAAUAUUUCAAAACAUAUUUACGGAAGUUUCUAUUUUUGCUAAUUUUUUAAUCAAUUUUGAUUGCACUUAUUCAUAAUUGUUGAUGAUUUAUAGAAAAAUUUAAUCAAUUGCUAACGAUCUUGCCUAGCUUUACUUUAUUUAUCUAAUCAAAAUUAAUCGAAAAUUAUUUAUGAAAAAAUUUUCUUUCGGCUCAGGUUCUUCUCGUUUAUUAUAAAGAAAAAUAUUAAAAUCUAUUACCUAAAAGUUUACGGAAGCCGUCGAUGUUAUACAAUGAAAGAUUGAACUUUACGAUGUUAACUAAUAAUCAAGAGCUUUGAUACAAAAAUAUAUUUUUAAUAAAAUUUUGCUACAAAGUUUUGCCAUAAAAUAUCACUUAACAAAACAGAAUAUCAGCAUACAAUGAUUAUUGCCUAUGAGAAAUAGUUUUAUAUGGUACGAAACGGAGCCAGAGUUUAUAAUCAAGCUUAUCUACUUAUUAAAACAAGCACAUCAUUGCUUUGUCACAUCAUAAAUGUAGUGUUUUUUUUUUUCAAACUCACAAAGACAAAAUAUUUUUGCUACAAAAGCUUUUAAUGGUGACACGAAGCGUCCUUGACGUUCCGUUUAUUAUUGUCACGAACUCACAUUGAUACUCUUUCUCAAUGACCACUUGAAUGCAAAGAUUAAAGUGUUUACACAAUAAAUUGUUUCUUAUAAAUAAGACUAUUUAGGAAAGAAAAGAAAAGCUCCACUUUUGUAAGAAUCAAAGAGAAAAUAUUUUGUGUCGUUUUCCCCACUGAAUGUAUUUAAUAAAUGAAAAAUUCAAUGAUGCUUUCAUCAUAGAAUUAUAA